AUGCCUGCAAAAAUAGUAGAAGAUAAUUCUAUUCAAACUCAUAUAUUAAUAAAGUUCGUCGGAUUUAGCAUUGCUUUAUUCACAUUGCCUUUGCUAACUUACUAUUGGACUCUAAAGAACUGGUUUUCUGGCAACGGCACUAUUUACGCAGGAAUAGCAGCAGCUGUUGCAGCGAACAUCGUUUUGACUCUCUAUGUCAUUGUCGCAUUUCUGGAGAAAGACGAUAACUCACCAGAACUCGAGAAAAAGCAGCAAUGAAUGGAUUACAUACUUGGAUUGCUGCUAGCAGUGGCUCCUGAAAUCAACAAGAAGAGUAUGCUACAUAAAGAGAACAAAGGAAAGAAAACCUCCCCUCAUUAUUUAUUUUUGUCUUUUGCUAUGAGAAGAAUGGCAUACUGACGGCAGAACCUUUUGACGAAGGUCAAUAUAAAGAAGAGUAGCUAAUACUCGUGGAAGACUAUUUAGUGUUUUUUUCAUAGUUUUUUCGUCCAGUUGAAUUCUCUACGAAAAGGUUUCUUCAUUAAUUCAGGUAUUUCUAGCUUGACCAUCCGAAGGAACUCCAUGAAAUAUAACUGAAGUCUUAAAAAAUGAGAUUUUCUACAAAAAACGUGAAUGUUUUCAUUUUCUAAAGUCAUUGUUUACUCGCCUUGAAUGAAGUUUCUACCAAACGAGAAGAGUAAAAGUACACUUUUCAGAUUGACAAGAUUAAUAAAGUCAUGGACUGUAGAUUUUCUUUCUUUUUUAAUUAUACAAAAAGAAAUUGACAUAAAACGUUUAACAGAAUACUUAAUGUCUUCUUGAAUCUAAUUAGUUUGGAAAGCUAAAAUUUGGCCGUAUUUUAUUUCUUUAUAUUUUAUUACAUAUAUUUAUGGAUAUAUAGCUUUUUUAUAUUUCUUUCAUCGAAGCGAAUGAGUAUAGUUUGUAUUCUGGAUUUCGACAUUAUACUACAUCCUUGCCUUCAUCACAUCAAGACUGACUCAAACCCCAUAUUGAAGCAUUGGUAAAUUUGGUACGAUUUGCUACUUCCAAA